AUGGCCUCCACUUUCUUCAACAACAAGGCCCGCGCCGCUGCAGUUGCUGCAUCCAGCAGCUCCAAGGCUAAGGCCGGGGAGGGCAAGGAAGAUGUAACUCGCCAGCAGCCAUGGGUUGAGAAAUACCGUCCGAAAUCUCUCGACGAUGUCGCCGCGCAAGACCACACCACGAAAGUCCUUCAGCGCACCCUGCAAGCUUCCAACCUACCUCACAUGCUCUUCUAUGGACCUCCAGGAACCGGUAAAACAUCUACCAUCCUCGCCCUCGCCAAAUCUCUCUUUGGCCCCGCGCUGUACCGCUCCCGCAUCCUCGAACUCAACGCCUCCGACGAGCGUGGCAUCGGCAUCGUCCGUGACAAAGUCAAAAACUUCGCUCGCGCCCAGCUCUCUCAACCUACAGGCCUCGACGCCGCCUACCGCGCACAAUACCCCUGCCCGCCAUUCAAGAUCAUCAUUCUUGACGAGGCAGAUAGCAUGACCCAGGAUGCACAGUCUGCGCUGCGCAGAACUAUGGAGACAUACAGUCGCAUUACACGUUUCUGUCUGGUCUGCAAUUACGUAACUCGCAUUAUUGAGCCGCUUGCUUCCCGUUGCAGUAAGUUCCGGUUCAAGUCGCUGGAUAAUUCAGCGGCCGGUGUAAGACUUGAGGCCAUUGCGCUUGCGGAAAAUCUGAAGCUCGAUGAUGGCGUUAUUGAUACGCUCAUUCGCUGCGGCGAGGGCGACCUCCGCCGUGCUAUUACCUAUAUGCAGAGUGCGGCGAGAUUGGUGGGUGCUGUGAAGGUGUCUGGCAAGGACGCUGAUGAUGAUGCUGAGAUGACGGAUGCUGGAAGUGCUGGUCCUGCAUCUAUUACUGUGCGCAGCAUUGAAGAGAUCGCUGGUGUGGUGCCGGAGAGCAUCCUUGACAGUCUCGUGCAGGCUAUGCAACCCAAGAGCUCUGGAUCGGCAUAUGAGGCGGUCUCGGGCGUCGUGACAGAUCUUGUGGCUGAUGGAUGGAGUGCCACACAAGUUAUUGGACAAUUGUACCGAAGGAUCGUCUUUAACGAGGCUAUUCCAGAUCUCCAGAAGAACAAGAUUGUCAUCGCCUUUUCGGAAAUGGAUAAGCGCCUUGUGGAUGGUGCAGAUGAGCACCUGUCCAUUUUGGAUUUGACACUGCGCAUCGCUGGCAUCUUACGCGGUUGA